CCCACCACCCCCACCACCAACUAUUUGGUUCAACGAUAUUAAUUCCCUACAGCAACAGACUGUGUGAGAGAAAAUAGUACUCAAUGGACGAACCAGAAGACGGUAACAUUCGCAACGCUCAGAACAAUAUUCAAGAUGCCGAUCUCUCGGAUGAGACACAAGACUUUCGCUUCCUAAAUCUCCUCAACAAAACAGGAACCACAGCUCUCCCCCGCCGCGGCGAGAAAGACUUUGAACCGGACGGCACCGACCUCCAAGACCGCGUCCUGAACGAGUCCCGGCAGGCGAUGCACGAAGCACUCCUAGGGGAGCGUAAGCACUCCAGCAAACAGCACGUAUCAGCAACCUGGCGGCCAUCACAGCGCAUGGCAGAAGUUCACGUGGCUCGGGGGCCGCACUUCAAGACGGUCGGGAAAGCCGACAGACGGGGGGUGUUGUGGUUGCUGCCGGAGGAGACGAUUUACCUGGUUGAAAGAGGGAACCUGGAAUGUUGGUGGGAGGAGGGCGUGCCGAUGAGUUUGCAGGGGGUGUAUGCUAGUGCGCUUGAUGGGUGUGGGGGGUUGGAGAGGUAUCAAGUGUAUACAUAUUUGAAGAGGGCAGGGUAUAUUCUUGCGCGGGCGCCAACUUUCUUCCACGAUGACGACAAGGUAGUAGAGCGGGAGGAAAGGGGAGAGGGAAUAAUUGGAACAAUCCGACCUGCGACAACUACACCACCCGGCAUCUUCAAGCAGCUCUUCACAAGCCUCUUCCUAACGCGCACAAAACCACCUCCCUUCGGCCCAGUAAUCGCUCAAGGAACCUACCGCACAUACGACUCCAUCUACUCCCGCCUAUCAAUAAUCCCCACCCACCACCCUCCGCACACCCCUACCAACAUGGUAGCAGUCGCCUCAGAGACCCCUUUCCGAAUAGCCUACAAAGUCUGGAAGCCCCAACCGCACUUUAGAAAGUCCGAUCCCCCACCAGCAGACUUUCUUGUAGCCGUCGCCAGCGCGCGAGAAACCUCCCUACCAACGCUAUCCCAGUUAUCCGCCCUAUUCGACUCCGUCCCUGUAGACGAGAAGACGGGUGGGAAAUCACAAUUUCGAAGAUUGAAGGACGGCCACCGAAAAUGUUUGGUCUCGCAAUCGUGGGAUACCGAAGUUACGACCUUUAUAAAGUUUGCACAUGUGGGAUUUUGGGUUGGGCCUAUUUUUUAUGGAAAGCGGGAGGGGGAGGGGUGGAGGGAAAUUGGCCGGUGGUGCCGGCGGGAGAGGACGAGGCAGAGGUAGCGGAAGAAGUGGUAGAGGCGGCGGCGUAGCCAGAGGUGUUUCGUAACAUAGCAUACUGUAGGUGCACUAGCACAAUUCAUCUCACUCAUAGUUAGAUGGGCAUGGAAGGGUAAAUAAUAAAAAAACUCCCAAUUUA